UCUCGAGCGGCUCAGGUCUUUAUUUCCGUGUGUCUGACAUUCCCUCGAACUCCUGCCGAGGAUCUAUGACGCAAAGGACUCGCUCGAAGGAACGUUUUCAGUUACAUGAACGGUGGGUGUUGUGUGUGGCGAUAUGUAGACCUAAGUGAUGCAAAUUCAGAAAAUCUCAUGUCAUUUCAUCUGGAUUUUGGAAUGGUUUUUGACCUCGUUAUAACGUGAAUAUUUUCUUGAUGUGUUCAUGGAACUUAAGAUUAUACCCUUCAUGCUUAGUCGCUCUGCAAAACUGAUCAGUCUUGACCAAAGGGAAAGAAACUCUUUAUUAAUCAUAGAUAAAGUGGACCUGGUAAUUGGCUGUAUUGUCUCACAGCUUUCAGAAAGAGAUGAUCACACGGACAACAAUCAAAAAGUGAUACAUAAAACUAGCUCAGCCAUUUAAGAACAAACAACACCAAUGAACCGAGAGAUGUGUGUGCGCGUGUGAGCAUACAAGCGUUGAUAUGAUUUCAAAACGACUGGUAAUGUUCUGACGUUUCUGUAUAGAACGAAGAUGGAAAAUUUAGAACUGAUGACGAGCGACAAGGAACAUUUUCCAGACAAUAACAAUAACAACAGCAGCAACAAUAACAUAGGGAGCGACAGUGGCCGUUCAGGAGAGAAAUACGGCCUCCGACCGCGGACGGCUAUCAAACGCUUGCAUCAUGACCUUCCCUUCCAGGAGGUGUCGAAGAGGUCAGGAAAGUCGAAGCCGAGACCUGCGCCUCUGUCAAAGUAUCGGAGAAAGACGGCGAACGCUCGCGAAAGACAUCGGAUGAAAGCCAUCAACAGCGCCUUCGAGUCCCUGCGGAAGGUCCUUCCAGAUGCUGUGGAAGUUCACACGGCCUCCUCAACAAUGACCAAAAUUACGACUCUUCGGCUGGCUGUCGAUUAUAUCCAAGCCCUGACGGAUGUCUUAGGAGACGACAGCGAUCCUACGUUCGCCCUUCAGUCUCGGGAGGAUGGCCCCUGCCACGGGAUCAGUUCCUCUAUGGGUUUCUCUCAACAUGCGAUGUCACCUGCUUCGACACCUUACACCGUGCCGGUCAGCAUGUGUCAAAACCACAGCACUAAUCUUCCAGUGAACGUAUCCUCGAGCUCUUUGUCACUUCAUUACAAGACCGACAUGACACCCCAAUAUGCUCCUCAACUCACUCAGCUCAUGUCUUACUGCUCGACCUCUAAUGACGUUUCUGCUUCCUGCUCACCUUCGACAUCCAGAGGGUCGCUCGGAAGCACCAGUGAUUUGGAGGAGCUACUGUCAGAUGAUUCCGGGUUGCUGGAGGACAGCCUCGAUGUGUUUCACGACAUACCCACCAUCACUCUUGCUGAUCCAUUCGAGGUCCUCCUCGACGGGGAAAAAGAAGGUCUGAUUUCACCUUUUUAACCAUCUAUCAUGGAAAGGAGGCAUGGAACUAUGCACUUUCCCGCAUCUUUUGGAAAUGAAAAUAGAUCUAUUCUUGAUCAGUGCUAGAUAAGCAUAAGCUAAUUAUAUAAUUACAAUUCUUUUUAAAGUAAUUUCAAUGUUCUAAUUAUCCAUCGUUUCUCAAUGUUCAUUUUAAUAGCAAACUGUGAAAUAAAACGUUUUCCUUAAGGUUGAGAAACACCACGUACAGCUAGAAUGAUUUAGCUUUAUGAUACUUUACGGAUCUGUGCAAUGAUUUUACGUUAAUGAGCAAAUUCCAUCGAAUACGGCUAUAUAAUUAUGAUGUAGAUCAGUUUAAAAUAAGUAAUUCAGACCUAGUCAGGUAAUUCUAUUUAUUUUCUUUGAAUAAGAGUUAUGUUCUGGAAGGCGUAAGGUAUGAUUUUUUGGCAUCGAACAGCGACAUGAAAACCCCUUUUUUCAUUCCCAAGUCUGUUACUUUGAAAAGUUGCUAGUUACGUGAAUAAUGUGAUAAAUAAGUGACUUUUCACUCUUUAACGAUACUUUCUAAGAAUUCCAAUUCUUAUUUCGUUCAGUGACGCGAGUGGUACGUGUUGUGUCAUGGUAAUUCUUAUGAUUGUAUCUUUGUAAGAAUAACAUCACAAAAAUGCAUUUAGAACCAUGACUACCAGCUAAUUGUAACUAAUGAAAAUCUGGCAGUUCGAUGUCAAAAUACGUUCUACCUUUGAUGAAGUAUUUGUACAAAUAACUUUCUUUUUUAAUUGUAUAUAGUUCUAGUAUAUGUAUAUAAAGAAAAAAAAGUCUCAUCUGAAAUUGAUUUUAUUUUUCCACUAGUCUGCUGUUGGUUUGUGCCAUACAUUAAAACGGGAAAAGUAUAUAAAAAAUUAUAAGAUAUAAAAAAAACACUUGUUUACGUCUAGGUAUGUUUAAAAGUGAGAAAUAAACAAAGAAAUUUAUUUAAUUACAUAUUUUUCCGAAAUGUAUUCAUUUUCUUUACUUUGUAAUUUGUAGAUGAAAGAGGAAACUACGUUGUAAAUAGUUAAUAAAUAGAAGCAUUUAUA